AUAAGAAAAGCUCGUGUCUGAGCAGCCCAGCUCACACUUCAGCUUCCCCUGACCAGAGGCUCCUCUGCUCACACUCAACGCGAGCGUCCACCUUUCUGCUUAGCACUGGUUUGACCGCCACACCGUUAGAAACACCAGCAAUGACAGAAGGGGACAAUAUGACGGACGGUGAUGCCGCCGGUAAAGGUGAGGGGGCCGUUGGUGCAUCCGCAGUGGACAGACAGCCGGAAGAGGACAAGAAGGAGAAAGGGGAGACAAAAGUGACAGUCCCGCAGCAGGCGGCGGUUCCCGGAGCGGAGGAGAUCGAGUUCGUGCACCCCGAGGGCGGCUGGGGAUGGGUGGUAAUGCUUGCCGCCAUGUGGUGUAACGGCUCGGUGUUCGGGAUCCAGAACGCCUUCGGUAUCCUCUUCCUCUCUCUCCUCCGGGAGUUCGGCUCAGAGAACGAUGACGACCUCCGCUUCAAGACAGCAUGGGUGGGCUCUCUCUCCAUGGGGAUGAUCUUCUUCUGCUCUCCCAUCGUCAGCGUCUUCACCGACAUCUUUGGCUGCAGGAUAACUGCAGUGAGCGGAGCUGCGGUCGGCCUGGUUGGCCUCCUGGCCAGCUCCUUUGUCACGUCCCUGGGUCCCAUGUACUUCACCUAUGGCAUAGUUUUCGCCUGCGGGUGUUCUUUUGCCUACCAGCCCAGCCUGGUCAUCCUGGGCCACUAUUUCAAGAAGCGGUUGGGCCUGGUAAAUGGAAUCGUUACUGCCGGCAGCAGCAUCUUCACCAUUACAUUACCGUUUGCGCUGUCGGGCCUGUUGGAGAGAGUAGGCCUUCAGAACACCAUGCGUGUCCUCUGCAUCCUUAUGUUUGUGCUGAUGCUGGCUGGCUUCACCUACAGGCCCCUCCUGCCCGUCAGAUCCACUAACACACAGACUGGCAGAAAGUUCCCCCCCAUGAGCAAGGUCUUCAACCUCAACAUCUGGAAGUCUUUGGGAUAUCGCAUUUGGGCCUUCGGUAUCCCCGCCGCCCUCUAUGGCUACUUUGUGCCCUACGUUCACCUGAUGAAGCACGUUGAGGAACGUUUCGGACAAGAUGCCAGUAAAGAGGUUCUGCUCAUGUGCAUUGGCAUCACGUCCGGUGUGGGCCGUCUCAUCUUUGGCAGAGUGGCAGACUACGUCAAUGGAGUAAACAAAGUGUACCUGCAGGUAGCUUCCUUCUUCGUCAUUGGCGUCAUGUCUAUGAUGAUCCCCCUGUGUCACAUCUUUGGUGGGCUGAUUGCCGUGUGUCUGCUGAUGGGGUUGUUUGACGGCUGCUUCAUCUGCAUCAUGGCUCCGAUCGCGUUUGAGCUGGUCGGGGAUAAAGACGUGUCACAGGCCAUCGGCUUCCUGCUGGGUCUGAUGUCCGUGCCCAUGACUGUGGGCCCUCCCAUUGCAGGCUUCAUCAGGGACCGACUGGGCAGCUACGACGUGGCUUUCUACCUGGCAGGCAUCCCACCAAUCUUCGGAGGAGCUGUGCUGUGUCUGAUACCCUGGGUGGAGGCCAGACGCAAGAGGAUGGAGAAGAAAGUCCUGAGCAAGGAGCAAGACGUCACCCAGACGAUGAUAGAGCAUGAGAAGGCUCGGGAGGAUGAAAAAAGCAAAACUGGAGAGUCUGUCCUCUAAGUGUCAGUCUGAACAGACUGAGAGAGAGACAUGCUUUGUGUGUGUGGGGUGUGUGUGUGUGUGUGUGUGUGUGUGUGGUUCCUUGUGUUUGUGUUCAGCCCACAUUAUAGAGACUACCUUGAGUAGGAGAAUGUCAGAAAAGGCCAAAGUGAUGAAACAUAUCAGAAAGAGUAACAUGUUGAAGUGCAUGAAUGUGAUCCUGAAGAACUAUGCAUUUUAAUUGAACUGAACUAAUCUUAGAACAGGACAACUUCAUGAACUUUAAGAGCUUAAAUGAAAAUGGGAAGAAAUUAUGCAUAUUUCAUAUUUUUCAGGGAAGGGGAAGAAGUCAUUCUGUGGUAUGUGUUAGUUUAAAUGCAGUGUGAAAGCUAUACAAUCUUGCCAAAGAUGACAAUCAUGAGGGAAAUAAGUCAUUUUUUUACAUAUUUGGAUACAUGCAAAUAAAAUAAAAAAAAUAGAUUACACAGGAAAUGAAACAAAUUCUGGGUAGGAAAAAACUUGAUUUUGCCUUAAUCAUCAUCUUUGUUUUGCCGCAUUUUAAAGGGAACAGUCCUGCUAAAGAUCUCUACGGAAACACUUAUCAUUUUCUCCAGUGUAGACUUAGAGCAAGCCAAAUGUCACAUCCAGGGAUGAGGUGUUCAUAGUAUUUUAAAGGGACAGAGAGAAUGUCUUCAUAGAAGAGAAGUUACAGACAUAGGUGGGUAAGUGUUGUGAAGCUCUGGGCUCAUCUGAGCUGUAACGGUGCUCAGUCACUUCAAGGGAAGCAGCUUGAAGCAUAAAACAUUAAACAUACAACAUUAAAUGAGGAACAUAUUAACAGUGUGUUAAGGUCUACAUAAACUGAUUGUAGUAGUUUUUUUUAUUUGUUAUGUUUUCUCUGUUAUUUGGCCCGAACUUUUUUACUUUUUACUUUAUACUCUACUACAAUCGCCUGAGGUCCAGGUCAUAAAACAAGCUUCACUCUGUUAGCAUCAUGUGAGCUUUGAUGAAUGACCUCAAAACCUCAACAAAGAACUGCAAUUACUGGUGUAUAUGUAGUUCCUCUCUUCUUUAUAAAAAGUCUAUUACACAUUUAUGGUAUUAUUCAUUUGAGAGACUGAAUCUCUUAUGUAUGUCCAUGUCAUUAACCUUCAACCCGAAAAGGUGUGUUUUAAAUAUAUGUGUGUAUUUUUUAGAUUUUGUGGAGAAAUAAUGCUGUGAAGCAUUCAUUUCACUUAUUGAAGACCAAAUGUACUGAAAUGCAAAUGUCUGAAAUUUGAGUGUUAAUCCUGUUUGCUUGUUGUCAUGCGUCACCUUGAUGCUCACAGACAGUGUCAGUGAACCAUCCUAUCAUGUCACAUAUCUAUGGAAAACUCCAGAGACCCUUUGGAGGACAAUACACCAUUACAGAGAUGCUGUGGGUCGAUGUGGCAGAACUGGGACACUCUACCUCAGAUGUUGUGAAAGAGACGAGCUUCCCCAUCCUGGACCGUCCUGUUCUUCCAUCAGAGGCGCUGCCCCAGUGUUUGUUUUGGAGCGGUGUGACCGGAGAAACCCUAAUAAAACACAACGUCCUGGAACAUGAUCUUGCUGCCUGAAGCUUUGCUCUAUAAUGAAAUGUCUUAUUUUACGUGUGAGAAACUUAGGCAGCGUUUCUCCGUUAAAUCUAUAUUUUUAUCAUCAAUCACAUCAGUUGACUUUCUUUUCAAGCCUGUUUUUUAAAUGAAAUGUAUGACUGUUUAAGGCACACUCUGUGUUCAAAGUUUAUUUUUAGAUUGAUUCAAAUUUGUGAUAUUCACCAAUGAGAGCCUCAAGUAAUUUCUUGUCAGAGAAAUUACUUAAUCCGUACCUCUGAGUUUUGAUUGUAACCUUCUUUAUUUUAGUACGCUCACUGGCUCACUAAGUUGAGUCAUGGCUUAUAUCUGCUUCUUGAAGGGAUCUGUGCCAUCAAAAGAAAAAGUCCAAAAAGUUGUAUUAUCUGUGGGACUUUGUGGCAAACGGGACUCCUGGGCCAUGUUUGCCCUUUUGGAUGAGCUUAUGUGCCUCAGUGUUUAUAAGCAUUUUAUUGUUUGCUGUUAUUAUUUUUGGCUCGAUCCCGUCCAAUCCAGCCACUGGAUUUGUCAAGAUCAAUUCUCUAGGUGUAUGCAUGUUUUUAUUGCUUCAAGUGCAGAUAGUUUUCCUUUCUUAAAAUUUGACUGCAAAGACAUUGCUCUUUGUUGCUCUAUGUGUGCGUAAUUUCUUUCUGCUCGCUUUCCUUAAUGCUCCGUUUUGAUAAUUGUAGUUUGCUCUCUUUUGCAUGUAUGAUUAUUAAUUUCUCUCAUCAGUGAAAUAAAUAUAUUUUCUAUCUACUGCAGGAUGUGUGAUGAGCUGCAGUAUAUGCAAUUUAUGUAAACAUAAUCAGAUUUCAACAUUAUCAAGACAGUAAAAAAAUAUGUUUACACUU